AUGCUUUGGCGUUCAGCUCUUCAGUUAUCCUCCUGCCUCUUAUCUCUCACAGCAGGAGUAGCAGCUGUAGCAAGCGACACCCAUCACCCGACAAUAUAUCUCAUCCGACACGGCGAAAAGUCCGGCGAUCCGAACGAUCAUGAGCUCACCUUCGAGGGGGUCAUGCGCGCCCAAUGUUUACGUGAUGUCUUUGGUGUCGACUCCAAAUACAAUAUUUCAUAUAUCAUGGCGCCGGCUAUGGAGGAGAAUGGCGAGCAUGGUCGCGCUUUGAAGGCUGCCCUGCCUCUUGCAAACGACCUCGGUCUAGAAGUGGAUGUGCAGUGCGGCAAGCGCAUGGGUGACCUCGAGCUGCAAUGCGUUGCUGAUGUGUCUCGGUCUUAUGAUGGGCCCGGUAACGUUCUUCUCGUUUGGCGACAUAAGAGUAUGUCGACAAUUGCGGAGUUGCUGGGAGUAAAGGAGCAUAUUAAGUGUCCGAAAAACAGCUAUGACCUGAUUUGGACAAUUCCAUAUCCAUAUGACCGAGUCACUGAGCUGAAGAGCGAGAAUUGUCCAGGGCUGGACGUGGAUAUAGAGGGGUUGAUCGUUCAAUAUUGA